UGUACAAGAGUAUGUCGCGCCACCAACAGGCGGCGGACAAAAGCGAGUUGUACACUGGACACGACCGCUUCGUCGAGGUGAACCGGAUGUCCAGGAGGCCACGGAACAAGAGGUUGCUGCCGUUAGGACCUAGAAGAGCUCAGAGCGCUUCGGAGUUCAACUCCAGAUCGCUCCGGGAGGCCAGGGCGAGGGCCGCUCUAGCGAGGUCGGCGUCCACGGAUGACAGGAGUCCGAGGAGUUCUGGAGCAGCUACUCCCGCUGUGACGUCACUGACGCGGUUGUUCUCGUGUGUUAGUAUGUCGUCGGUUCACACAAGGACGCAGGGGACGAUCACGGAGAAGAGGCCUGGAGCUGCCCCGAGGCAUGGAGGGAGGUACCAGUAUACAGCCCUGGAAGCAGACUCCACAGCUCACGAGAGACUGGAGCUGGAGCGCAAGGCUAGAGAACAGGCGCAGAGUGCGUGCCUGCACUACCUCCGAUGUUGCCCUCGGUACUCGCUGCUGCAGCAUCUCAACGACAUAGGAUCCCGAGUAGACAAGCACUGGUUCAUUGUGAGGGACGGGUCGGUGAAGACAGAGCGACUACUCACCUUGGUGCCUAAGAGCUCCAACUGUCCCAUCCCUACAGAUGCUGACACUCGUCAGGUCAUACUGGACCUGUUCUUGGCCCUACAGCAUCCUUAUAUCUACCCUGUACUGGACCUGGAGUUCAGAGAGGGAGUUCAAGCUAACCAAACAUUCAUAGUGCUUGUAUUACCUUUCAAUACAAAAGGCAGUCUCAAAGAUUUAAUAUACAAAAACACCUGUCUUCAUGAUUUCUGUUUCCUCACAAAACGGCAACGCACAGCACCAUCUAGUGGUAAAAGAAAGAGAAUAUUUGGCCUUCCUACCAGAAGAGAACAUAAAAGAUGUGCCCAUAGCAGUUGGCAGGAUGAUUGGUGUGACAAGUAUGGUCAGCGCAGUGACGGUUUGCCAAUCUCUCAGGUCCAGAGGCUGGGGAGACAGAUACUGGAAGCUUUGUUGUUCCUCAAGGAGAGAGGCUUCCCCUGCUGCAGUCACCUGCAUUCCGGGAACGUUAUACUGCAGAACGGUGUUGCGAGGCUGAGUGGCUUAGAGAAUACAUUAUUUGGUUACACAUCGAGAAUCCACCCGGUGAUAUGGAGUCUAGCCAGACAAGAGCCUUCUGCAGUCGAUGUUAUUUGUUUUGGACAUGUACUAUUCGAGAUGUGCGCUGGCUAUGAGUUGACGACCCCCAAACCUAGUGCCUCUAACCUGGCUGAUAUAGACAAUUAUCCUCAGAUAAUAGAGGUACUAGAUUUCAUCUUCCAAAACCCCAAGUGCCGCUAUCCGUCCAUAGAAGAGCUUCUAGUGUGUGAUUUCUUUCGCAACAUUGACUUGCGGGAGAUGCGAUCCACGUCUCUUCCACAAGUUUACCACGCUAGACUGACUGCCUCAACUUUAGCUUUGUUGAAUGAUGUGAAGAAACAACAGAAGCCCAAGAGAGGGCGAAGGUCUCACUCAGCGUCCGUGUCUGAUCCCCCCUCCCCGUCGCCACGCCGAGAUCGAGAGCAAAGCACAACCAGUGACGGGGAGAGUGCAGACGACGAGUCAUCCAAUCCCGAGACACCUCACGACUCUGACGAAGACACAACAGGAGACUCAGCCCAGGAGCACCGUAACUUGAGUCUGCACAUGCAGUCCAUGAGUUUACCAGACAGUCCAGAUUCUCAGAGGGCACUCAGAUAGCGCCACAUCUCCAUUAAUCUCCAGCUCAAUUAAACUUUUCUCCUUGUCCUAACUUGUCAAAGAUUUGACUUAUUUAAUUUCAAAUUUUACUUAACCACAAUAUUUUGAAAACUGAAAUACAAUUGAAGAAUUUACUUGGAAGACUGCUUAUUGUUACAUUUUUCCGGCUCCUAAAACUCAGGACUCAAUAAUCAGUCAAUCGCCUGGCCUCAAUGAAUAUUUUUAGCUACAUGGAAAAAAAGAAAAUCUGUAUAAUAGUAUCUCAAUAUAACAUUCAAGUUUUUUACUCCUGACGCAGGAACAUUCAAGUGGUCCAAAUUCCAUAAAUACAAGAAAACUAGCUAUCAUUUCAAUUUUACAAAAUAAAAUUAUAAGACUGUGAGUAUUCUUGUCAGAAACUUACCAUACUAGGAUAAUUAAUUUUUUUAAAUUAUUUCCUAGUCAAUUCUUUGACAAGUGUCAUGGUAUUCUAAAAAAAUGUUUUAUUAACACCUUUUAUCUGUAUUUAUUCUGUAGAGUGAAUUCAUUUUGUACAUUUUAUAAAAUGAAAUAUCUUCCAAAUAUUGAAUACACAUUUUUCAGAGAAUGAGUUUAUUUUACAUUUGUAACAACUCUUUUUUCCUUGCCAAUUUUUUUUUGUGUUGAUAACUUCUACCUCAGUGCAUACUUGCCUGAUUAGGCUAAUGGUGUAUGUAUAUAUAUGUUUUUUUACUGUAAGCUUUCCUAAUUAGCCUAUGUCGUUUAACUUGAUUUAAAGCCAUUCUUCCUAAUUUAUGUUCAAUAUCUAAAAAAUAUAACAUAUUGGAUUAAUUUUUAACGUUUUAAAUAAUUUUGCUUACCCAAAACCGUACCUUCAUGGAGCUUUAAGAAACCUAAUGCAAUCGCUUUGAUACAAUCAAUGUCAGUAUUUUUCAAUAUUCCAGGUUUUGAUUAGUAUCUACUUAGCUUUGCUACCUACUACAACUGCUUUACAUUUUGUAUCUAAAUAAUAAAACUUGGAGAUUAAUGGAAUCGUGAUUAAGUUUUUAACUAUUUUUAAGCAAUAGUAACUUUUGCUAUGUAAGAAAUGUAUAAUUUGCUUUUAAGGGUGAGAUCUUUGACUAAGGAUAAACUCUGGUAUCCUAAAAUCAAUGGUACCGAACAACAAGCGUAGCUUUAACUUAUUUAGGUUUUCAUACAUUGUAGAUUAAUCGUCCAUACUCUGUAAGCAAUUUUAGAUCUUUAGAAAAACACUACUUGCAUUUGAUGUCUUAUACUUUAGAUUGAAAAAAUCUUACUUGCUGUAGAUUAUUGACUCUUUUUAUAUAAUAUUUUGAGAUUGUAUUUACUAAUAGAAAGCCAACACUGUAGGGAUAAAAGCACAUUAACUUCUUUAAUACACUUGUGUUAAUAUAGCUUAUAAAUAGACCAACUAAAUGGUAGCUAUUUUGUUACAAGUAGAAUAUAAUUUGAAGAAAAUAAUUUAUUAUUAAACGACAUUGAAAAAGAAACAUAUUAAUUUUCAGUAUAAAUGAAAUUGAUAUAAUAUUUUAAAAGCAAUACAUUGUUAGUAUGUAAACUCUGCUAUGAUUUAUAAUUUUGUACUCAGAUUAAUCAAAUAACUUGUUACAUUUUUCUAAAUUUGAACAGGGUACAACAAUGGU